CAGAAACAGACACAGACACAGACCCAGAGCAUAGACAGAAACAGACACAGGCAGAGUCAGAAACAGACACAGACACAGACCCAGAGCAGAGACAGAAACAGACACAGACAGAGGGGCAACGAUAGGACCAGAACCUGAGUACAGACAGAAAACACAGUAAGUUGUUGGAGAUGUCUGAGGACAUCUAUGCUGUGCCAGAUAUGACCAAGAAGGUCAAGUUUAAGAGAGGUGAGAUGAAGGAGAGGAUUGUGGAUAUUUAUGCCAGUGCAGACACCCUGAGAGACGGUGAGACCAGCACCAAGAGAGAAGAGACAGCAGACACUGCUCCUAAUAAUGGACCAGGAGACCAGCACUCAGUACAUGUUCAGUGGUGGAAGAGACCCUCUGGAGUUGCUGCAGUGUGUCUGGGGCUGCUGUGUGUUCUCCUACUGGCUGGGAUCAUAGGCCUGUCUGUCUACUACAGAAAUGUCUCAAAGAACUCAUCUGCAGCGAGAGACCAGCUACAGACCAGUUAUAACACCAUGACUAAAGAGAGAGACCAGCUACAGACCAGUUAUAACAACAUGACUAAAGAGAGAGACCAGCUACAGACCAGUUAUAACAACCUGACUAAAGAGAGAGACCAACUACAGACUGAGAGAGAUGUUCUUAGCGGCAGGCUUUCCAAUUGCAAACAAACCUGCCCUGAAGGCUGGCAGAAGUUUGAAUCAAGUUGGUACUUCCUGUCUACUGAGACUAAAACCUGGGAGGAGAGCAGAAAGGACUGUCUGGAGAGAGGAGCAGACCUGGUGAUCAUUGACAGCAGAAAUGAACAAAAAUUUCUCUUCAACCUCAAGAAGAGAGUCUGGAUUGGUCUGACUGACUCUGUUAAGGAGGGGACCUGGAAAUGGGUGGACGGCAACCCACUGACCACAAGGUACUGGUAUGACCCACAGCCUGAUAAUGGUGGUGGCAAACCAGAAAAUGGUGAGGAGGACUGUGUUGAGAUACACAUAGAUCAGAGUCCUCUGAAGGCAUGGAAUGACUUGUCAUGUGUGGAGAAUCUUCACUGGAUUUGUGAGAAAGUGGUUUAACAUCACCAUGACAACAUACUGUAACACAUACAGCAGCCUACAGUGCACAAAACUCCCUCCUUCAUGCUCUCUCUCACUCUUUCUCUCUCUGUCUCUCUCUCAGUCUGUCUCUCUCUCUCUGUCUCUUUGUCUCUCUCUCUCUGUCUCUCUGUUUCUCUGUCUCUCUCUCUCUGUCUCUCUCGCUCUGUCUGUCUCUCUCUCUCUCUCUCUGUCUCUCUGUCUCUGUCUCUCUCUCUCUUUCUCUCUCUGUCUCUCUCUGUCUGUCUCUCUCUCUCUCUCUCUGUCUCUCUCUCUCGGUCUGUCUCUCUCUCUCUCUCUGUCUCUCUGUCUCUGUCUCUCUCUCCCUCUCUCUCUCUGUCUCUCUCUCUGUCUGUCUCUUUCUCUCUCUCUCUCUCUCUUUCUCUCUCUGUCUCUCUCUCUGUCUGU